CAAUCACUUUUUUCUCCGUUUUCUUCGUUCGUUUCCUCAUUCUGGUCAUCACCAAUCACGUCUUCCAUAACAUCCAUUAGUACCUUCAAACGGUUUCUUGAUUCUUCCAAUUCUCCGUACGACCUAUCCAGUUCUAGCGACUUGUUGAAGCUAUUUUCGAGUUCAAUAUCGAUCUCCUUUUCUAAUCUCUCUGCCAUACCACGCCAAUAAGACGAUGUUGGUUCAUCGCAUAAUAGAUCCUCUUUAGUUAUAGGAGGCGCCUCCUUCGUGGCUACAACAUCAGUCUGCGCAUAAGUAGUGUUAACUACAACAGUGGCUUGUGUUUCCUGGUUUUCCUUGCCCUCUGGAAUGAGUGACACCUUUCUUCUUAUUUCUCCUUUCUCUGUGACAGGAGUAAGACUUUGAACAAUAUUCGCCUUCUUCGCAUUGAGAACUUUAAUAGAUGGACUAUUAGUGCUAGAAUUGGAGAACUGUUUGAGCCCCACUCGCAAACUGGUCAUUUCUUAAAUGAGGAUUAAGAAUAUUUCCUUUAAGUUAUUUGCCGCUCCUCGUUUGCCGGUGUGCCUGGGUCUUCUUCACCGUCCGAACUCUCGAGAAUCCUUUGCAAUUGGCUAUACAGCUCAUCAUGUUUACUGUCCAAUUCUUUCUUUUCGGCGAUAUUCUUCAUGGUCAACGACACGAUCUCAAAAAAAGUAG